CGGUGACUAGUAGACCACCGACACGUGGGCCCUCGUCUCGUCGACCCCUUUAUAAGCCUCCCCAGGGCCCAGGCUCGUCACGAGGCCAUCGCGUAGCGUACCGGACAGCUCUUUCUACUCCCGAUCACGCCCAUCUGCUCGCCGUCUCCGCUGCUACUAGCUAGCUAGGGCGCGGCAUCGCCGCCGCCGUCGUGUCUCGGCGGGAUCGAUGGCGAAGAGGAAGUCGAGGAAGGCGAAGGCGCCGCCGAAGAAGAAGCCGGCGAAGCUGGACACGGCGUUCGUCUGCCCGUUCUGCGGCCACCCCGACGCCGUCGGGUGCCUCAUCGACCAGCACAUAUUCGCCAGGGCGUCGUGCCGCAUCUGCCAGGAGAGCUAUGCCACCAGCGCCAACGCCCUAACGGAGCCCGUCGACGUCUACAGCGAGUGGAUCGACGCCUGCGAGAUCGCCAACGAGGGCGUCGACGCCCGCCCGCCCCGCCGCCGCCGGAGCUACGACGAUGACGACGAUUUCUGAUCCUGCAUCGCGCUAGCUAGCACCACCAGUUAUUACUGGUUGCAGGCAGUUGAUCUGGGACAUGCAAGAUCGAUGCGGUUCUCAUGCAAGCUUGUUUGCCCAGUUUU